GGUUGAUAGUUUUGCCAUAUUUUAGAAAAUAAAAAAAACACAUUAAACUCAAGUUCUAAGAUAUCCAAGUUUAAGGACAGCACAGAAUUUGGCCAGCAUGCAUUUGCAGGAGUACCUCAGAAACGACGAAAAUGCAUCCGCGCCCGACGAUGGAAAUCAAUCAUGUCAGCCUUCUUCCAAUCAAGAUCAGUACCUAAAUCCUAACCGCAAUUGCCAGAAAAACCUGUUGAGGCUUUACCCACCACCCCCAUCUAAACCACCGCCGCUCAUUGGUGCCAUCCUGCAAACCCGUCUUCUACAUCAGAUAAGCCCGUCCGCAAUCGCAGAAGCGGAUGCAGACUUGAAUGCAGUAGGGGAGCUUCUAUACCCAAAUGUCCUGCAGCGGUCAGCAACUUUGCCAGCAAAACACAACCGCUUAGGGGUUCGAAGCCGCGUGACCUUUAAGGUUCCUUCGUCUAAACUCCCUGCUCACGAUUCGUAUUCUCAUCAACCCCGAAAUCAGGUUGCAGUCGCUGAAAAGGACGGAAUAUUGGUAGACGUCAAGGCGAAAGAGUCCGUCAAGAUGACUUCUGAGGAUUUGCUGCAGCCAGGUCAUGUUGUAAAGGAGCGUUGGAAGGUUGUCCGUAAAAUUGGUGGAGGCGGCUUUGGAGAGAUAUACGAGGGUCAAGAUCUUAUUACCCGUGAACAAGUCGCACUUAAAGUAGAGUCCGCCCGCCAGCCUAAGCAGGUGCUGAAAAUGGAAGUCGCAGUUCUUAAGAAAUUGCAGGGAAAGGAGCACGUAUGUCGAUUCAUCGGAUGUGGGCGGAAUGAUCGAUUUAACUAUGUGGUGAUGCAGCUCCAAGGAAAGAAUUUAGCUGAACUCCGACGCGCUCAGCCGCGAGGCGCAUUUUCGCUUAGUACAACACUUAGGUUAGGGUUACAAAUUUUAAAGGCCAUUGAGUCCAUCCAUUCAGUGGGAUUUCUUCAUCGUGAUAUUAAACCGAGCAAUUUUUCUGUGGGUCGUUUGCCUUAUAAUUGUCGACGCGUCUAUAUGCUUGACUUCGGAUUGGCGCGUCAGUACACCACUGGCACAGGGGAAGUGCGGUGUCCAAGAGCUGCUGCAGGUUUUCGCGGCACGGUUCGUUAUGCUUCUAUUAAUGCGCACCGAAAUAGAGAAAUGGGACGCCACGAUGAUCUGUGGUCAUUGUUUUAUAUGCUCGUUGAGUUUGUAAAUGGGCAGCUGCCAUGGCGAAAAAUUAAAGACAAGGAACAAGUUGGGUUGACAAAGGAAAAAUAUGACCACAGAAUACUGUUAAAGCAUUUGCCGUCUGAUUUGAAGCAAUUUCUGGAGCACAUUCAAUCUCUUACAUAUGCAGACCGCCCAGACUACGCGAUGCUUAUUGGCUUGUUCGAGAGGUGUAUGAAAAGACGUGGGGUCAAAGAGUCGGAUCCAUAUGACUGGGAAAAAGUGGAUUCCACUGCAAUUGGAAACAUAAGUGCAACAGGCAAUCCAUCAAUUCCUAUAAAAAACGAUUAUAUGCACGGAAAUAUUACGCAAAUGACGGUGGCAGCAUCUAACGCAAGUGGCACCGAAUACAUACGAAAGCGAGCCGAAAUCGAAACCGCUCAUAUAACUGCGACCGAUCCCCUUAACAUAAAAGAAAAAGUUGAUAAAAACUGCAAUGCAACUUCACUGGCACAGCCAGUAAAAGGAUCUGGCGAAGCCCUGAUACAACAUGGUAAUACUGCAAAUAAUCAAAAUAUCACAUCAAAAGGACUGCAACAGCCAUCUACGUUAACAAACUCCCAAGUAGCCAUACCAAAUAUCCAAAGUGCACCAAUCAAGUCAUCAAUGAUUGAAAGAGAGGAUGUACAGUAUACGAAGCUGGAAGAGAGGGGACCGACAAAAUUUAUGAAACCAAAUGGAGAGUGUGAUAAUGUUGAUAUUGCUGCAAAGUGUGUUUUUGAUCAAAAGAACGUUGAAUCAAAUGACACUGACAUGGCUGGCAGAGCUUCCUUAAGCGGGAUCGAACAGCAUCAAAAGUCGCAAAUAAAAAAACAUAAUUCACCAGAGAUUACUAGUAAGCACAUACAGAGGACAGGGGCAGUAACAAACGAUAAAACCUCUGAAGUCAAUCGGUCAACGGAGGAACAAAAAUCUACGUUUGGGCGACUACGUGUGCUAACAGCUCCGCCAAUGAGUGUACAUGAUCUAACAACGGGUGGAGGCCAUAGCCAACAAGUGUCAGAUUUAACUGGAAAACAAGAUCCAUAUGCUGCCACCACCAAUGCUGCCCCAAUAGGUAUAAACAGCACGUCUACAAAAUUUGGCAGCCAGCAUGGUCAAAUUUUUGGACUGGCAGCCAUGCCGCCGAUUAAUCGCCGUUCUGCAACCUCUACAAAUUUACGGCCAUCUUCCUCGGCAAGUCAAAGGGUUAAUAGUGGGUCGGCAAUUGGAGGAGGAGUUGGUAACGGAAGCAACACUGCCAGAAGUAGCGUUGCAGGUGACCAUUCGGUCACCCAAUUUGCUUUAAUAGACGACGAGAACGUUUCAGCUUUGCAGCAAGUAACCAAAGGAGGUGCUCUCACGUUGGCAUCGCAAUGGAAGAGUCAGUUCGAUGAUUCCGAGGAUACUACGGAUAACGAAUGGAAUAGAGAACACCAGUUGCAACCCAAUUUGGAGCAAUUGAUUAAACUGGAUAUUUCAUUGCCCUUAACUGAAGCCAAACCAUUUCCGCAAAAUGUCGUCGCUGAUACAGGCAAAUUAAUUAAUCCUCCAGCCGAAGCAAAGGAGAGACCGAAUAGGUACACACUAAACAUAACUGGAAUUGAGAAUUAUGAAGCUUUGAGAACCUCCAUACCAAACUGCUGGUCCGAGCCUGCAAUGGGUAAUGUAUUACGAAAAGGCUUGGAGCCUCCGGCUGUGCAACAAGCCGCAUUUGAUGACACAGUAUAUCGUAUGGAUAUUGCGAGGAAUGUCUGUGUGCGAGAAACAUAUUCGGAAAUCACUCAUUUGGCUAGGCCCAGCACUUCGUCGGUUUUAAGGAAUAUACUACCAUCUCCUUUUAAAAAUGAUUCAGCACUUCAACAUAGUACGAAUGACAGUAUAGAUAAAUCGAGACAUCGGAACAGCCUUCCCAAUGUUUCAUUUAACGAUAUUUUUGACGACCUACAAAUGAAACUAAAUUCCGGCGGAAUGCUUGCUGAGGACGCUAAAAUGCCUUGGCGAGUACAGACUAAGGCAUGCCAAGAACAAAACUUAGAUUUAGGAUCUGUGAUCCAGGAAAACCACGGUUGCAUUAGUGGGCGACUAGAAAUUCGUGUUAUUCCCAAAGAUACCUCCCAUCCGGAUGAUUCUGUUUACUAUGAUGCAAUGGGAGCUGUUAAAAAUACUCCAACCGCUAAUGAAGGACACGACCAUUCUGAUCAAGCCGUUAAUAACUGUGAUGAAAUAGAGGCAACAUCUGCCGUAAUAACUUUCCCAAAAAAAGCAAUCAGCAAAAUUAUGUCACCACCGGGCAGGGAUGUCACCGAAGAGCGAAUCGGAGCUAGUUUAUGUAGCCUCUAUUCUGGGGGGGUCAAUAAACUAAAGUUAAAUGGAAACACUGCCACCAGAACUCAAUUUAAAAAAGGCAGCACUGACGGUUUCGGCGAGAAUGAGUCAGGAGUUGAUUUUCCGCUGUUGAAUCCAAGCAAAAUUCCAGUACGCCAAUCAAAAUGUGCAUCAUGGGCAGGUGCUGAAUUUAUAAGUGCAUCUAAGACACUUGAGUCCGUAGACGUCCCACAGGAAAUCCCUUACCAUCCACAGUCUGAUACGACUUAUUCUGUAAUGGAUACUAUACCUGUUCGGAAAACCACUUACUCCAUUGCUUUAGAAUGCCCUCCUAAUAUAUCAGAUCUUACACCAGGCUUACGUCGGCGUAGAGAAUCAACUGAAGGAAAGUAUGUCACGGACCCAACACAAUUGCCACUUAAAUUCCAAAGACCUCGAUCUCGAACUUCUAGCAGAACCCGUGGCAUUCCCAAUGCAAUGCUUGAAAAUUCUGAUGAUAACGAGACUGUAAUGAGCGCGGAAAAAGCUGGACAUGGUCAUGUCGUCAAAAGCGCAGGAGUAAAUAAUUUUACAACUAGUGAAAAUUCUGCUGACCUACACCCUAAAUGCACCAUUUCACCACCACCGGGGGAUCCAAAAAUUGAAAAUAGUGCGCGUCUUCGUCGUUACAGGCAUAAUAUAGACUAAUCGUAUAACUUCAGGCUAAGUAAAGUAUGUAUAGGCUCCAGAGCAGUGCAUCAUGGUGGUUUAAGUAUAAAAGCUGUGUGACAAGUAGAAACAUUGGCAAUUAAGUUCUUUAUUCAGUCAAUAUUCAAUAUUCGUUUUCAGCAUUUUUUUGUAGCUAGAAACAAAAUGUCGUAUUUUUGCCUUUUUCAAUUAAACAUUUAUGUUACCCAUAAACGGACACAAUAGGUUUUAUACGCGUUCGAAAAUAACACUUGGAUUUACCCAAAUUAUAACCUAAUAGAUUUUUGUCCAGCUCCAAAAUUGGAUACUAACAUGCAUUUUGGUUCCAAAAAUUUAUUUUUGGUGCUGAAUGUAGACCUUCUAAGCUCACAGCGGACAGCCAUUGCUAGAUCGACUCUGUUGCUGAAGAAUACAUAUAUCUAAAUGCACUUUCAGGGAAGGCCUGUACAUCACCUUCACAGUUGCAAGGGAAUACUAACUCAAUUUAGAUAUUUAAACAAACUUUUGUUUGUCAAAUGGCAAUAUAUCCCAACGCUCUGUAUGCUCUGUGGCCAUUCAUUUCAUUUAAAUAUAAUUUCCGUCCUCGGGCUUACUUAAUUUAAUAGAAAAAAAACUCAUAAGAUAAUUUCCACAAACCUAAACAUGGUGUUUAUAUUUACAAGAUAAGAAUUGUGAAAACACAAAUAUUGGAUGCCUAGACCGAUUGCUCUAUUAUAUAAAUUAGAAUAACGUAAUUUAAAAGUCAUGGAUUAGGACACAUUGCUGUACUUAACUGAAAUUUUUUUGUUUAUAUAUAAUAACCUCUGCAAUAAAAUGCUCCAAGUUUUUCAAUCUAUACUUCGUUAUUUAGUUUUACAGCUUUUUUCAAUGAGCCUAUCGUAAUUUUAAUUUCCGGAAUAUGUGCAAUUUUUGUGUGUCCUGAACCUUGAAAGUGAUUUUUAUAGAAAUAAGUUUUUAAAUUUUAUUUAAGAAUAUAAAAUAUGUUAUAAAAACGUUAUUUAUUUAUUGUAUAUACUCGCUAUAAUUUUAAAAGUAACAGAUAAAAUUAUACUCUAAAAGUGUAACAUUACAUUUAAUAAUAAAGCGUUGGCAGCAAUUGUUCUUAAAAACAAGGCAAACCAAAUAUAAAAGUUAAA